CAUGUAUGUUAUAACUGCAUGUGUAUAUAUAGAGUGAUUGCCUUCAAAGAAGAGCAUUAACUACCAGAAGUGGUAGAACAGAAAGGAGUGCAACAUCCAUUAUUAACAAUAUGCUGUCUAGAAAUAUUCUCAGCUGGUUAGUGCUGCUACUGACCCUAGCUACUGUUACCAGGAGUGAGCACUAUCACAUUGUGCCAGUGGAUUCAACCGACUUGUGUAAUGACUAUCAAAAUGGAACUUGUUUUACUCUCGAGCAGCUUGUUCAAACAUACCUGUUAUCUGGUGGAGACAAUCUCACCUUGAGCUUUCUACCUGGAGAUCAUGAGUUAACAGAGCAGUUUAUGAUUCGUAACUUUUCACACGUGCAUAUCACCGGCCAGAAAGAAAGUACAACUGUGGUCAGAUUCCAUAGCAAUGGUACUAUACGUUUUGAUGGUACUGCUGCAUUAAAUAUUGAACGCUUGGGUUUUGUUGGAGCGAAUGUUGGAGAACGAAACUCACGUCAAAGUGUGCUCAUUGACGGUUCCAAUGAUAUCUAUAUCGACAGCUGCUACUUUUCGGACUUCGAAUUACUGAAUCAAGUGGAAGCCCAUAAUAAUGAUGUACUCCGUAUCACUAAUACUCAAACUGCGACAAUUGAGAGCACUCUCUUUAUGAACAACACUGGUCGGGCACUGCACGUUGAGGCUGAUGAUGUGCACAUAACAAAUAGUGUGUUCACUAGAAAUAAUGGAGGUGCAGUUGACAUUGAAUCCAACAACUCUCUGAUCAACAACACAGAGUUUAACAAUAACAGUGCUGAGAUUGGAGGAGCAGUAGAAUUGGCAUCUGGUACUGUAGUGAUCACUUGGUGUAACUUCACAAAUAACAAAGCUUAUCUGUACGGUGGAGCGAUUUAUGUUAGCUCAGGCAAUAGUAUGUUCAUCUCUGACUGUACGCUGACAAACAACGCAGCUGACUAUGGUGGAGCGAUCUAUUCUAGAUCAAGAAGUAUGUUCAUCUCUGACAGUACGCUGACAAACAACACAGCUGACUAUGGUGGAGCGAUUUAUGCUAGAUCAAGAAAUGUAUUCAUUUCUGACUGUGAGCUGACUAACAACAGAGCUAAGAGAGGCGGUGGGGCAAUUCAUGUUUACAAAGCCAAAAAUGUGUCCAUCUUCAACAGCACGCUGACAAACAACAAAGCUGACGGGUCUGGUGGAGCGAUUCAUGUGGAAUCAGGCAGUGUGUCGAUCUCUAACUGUGAGCUGACAAAAAACAAAGCUAACUAUGAUGGUGGAGCAAUUCAUGUUGGAUCAAAAAGUGUGUUCAUCACCGACUGUGAGCUGACUAGCAACAGAGCUAGAAGGAGAGGUGGAGCGAUUCAUGUUUACAAAGGCCAAAACGUGUCCAUCUCCAACAGCACGCUGACAAACAACAAAGCUAACAGGAGAGGUGGAGCGAUUCAUGUUUACAAAGGCCAAAACGUGUCCAUCUCCAACAGCACGCUGACAAACAACAAAGCUAACAGGAGAGGUGGAGCGAUUCAUGUUUACAAAGGCCAAAACGUGUCCAUCUCCAACAGCACGCUGACAAACAACAAAGCUAACGGGUCUGGUGGAGCGAUUCAUGUGGAAUCAGGCAGUGUGUCGAUCUCUAACUGUGAGUUGACAAAAAACAUAGCUGACUAUGAUGGUGGAGCAAUUCAUGUUGGAUCAAAAAGUGUGUUCAUCACCGACUGUGAGCUGACUAGCAACAGAGCUAGAAGGAGAGGUGGAGCGAUUCAUGUUUACAAAGGCAAAAACGUGUCCAUCUCCAACAGCACGCUGACAAACAACAAAGCAGCUUACGGGACUGGUGGAGCGAUUCGAGUAGAAUCAGGCAGUUUUUUAUCGAUCUUUGAAAGUAAGCUGACAAACAACAGCGCUAAGAGGAGCGGUGGAGCGAUUUAUAUGCAGUCAGGUAACGUGUCUAUCUCUGAAUGUAAGCUGACUAACAACAGAGCUAAGAGGAGUGGUGGAGCAAUUUAUGUUAGAUCAGGCAACGUGUCCAUCUCUGACAGUACGUUCUCAGGAAAUGUGUCCAUCUCUGAACACAACGUUGGUGUCUAUGAGGGUGAAGCCAUUUCAGACAGCACGCUAACAAACAACUAUGGUACAGUGAUUGCUGUUUCUCAAUCCACCUUGAUCAUCAACAACACUAAUAUUACUAAUAGUAAUGGCCCCAUCUAUGCUUUGGACAGUCGAGUAGAGUUUAAUGGACCUACAAUACUCAGUAACAAUCGUGGUGUAUUGGGUGGAGCUAUAAGCCUUGACCAGAGUCAAAUAUACAUUAACACAGAAGGAGUAAUCAUCACCAACAACACAGCUAUCUCUGGAGGAGGGAUAUUUCUGAGAGAGAGUACACUCUUUGUAAAUAAGCCAAUAAAGAUCUAUCAAAAUACAGCACAUAAUGGCGGAGGGAUUUACGCUCAUUCAAGCAGAGUUGAGUUCGAAUAUAUGUUAGCAAUUCUUCAGAGUACAACUAAUCAGAGUGUGAUUGCUCACAACAUUGCUAAGAAUAAUGGUGGAGGUAUACAUGCAGUAUCUUCAACAAUUAAACUUACUCAGUCGUACGUCAACAUUGACUCAAACACUGCAAAUGCUAAUGGAGGUGGAUUAUAUCUACAGCACGGUUCAAAACUCUACCUACGUAAACAGACUGAAGAAUAUAGGUUUGGAAAUCAAUUAUAUGUCAAGUUAAUGAUCGACAACAACUCGGCUCAGUAUGGAGGGGGAAUAUUUGUGGAAGAUGACACACAGAGGAGUGCUUGUAGAGGAAGGUUAAAAAAAAGUAAUGCUAUUCACACCAUUUUUGCUGGUUGCUUCAUUCAAACAAUUAAACUGUAUGAUAUCAGCAUAAUUAAUCCUAACAAUAAAAACUUUUUAAACACGUUUAUGACUAACAACACUGCUACCCAGUCAGGAGCAGACAUCUACGGUGGUCUGUUGGACAGGUGUACAGCUAAUAGAAAUGCUGAGUAUCACACUUUUUUUAGAUUGGACUACAUAAAAAGAACUGUUAAACCCUCUACAAAGUUAUCAAUCUCCUCUUCGCCUGUUCAAGUAAUUGUUUGUAACUAUUCACAAAGUGAUUAUAAUUCUACAAGAAAGGGACACACGUAUAAAAUUAGUGUUAUGGCUGUUGACCAAGUUGGAAAUCCAAUGAAUACCACGAUUCACAGUUCUGUUAUCACUAAGAGUGGUGUUGGUCGUCUCAAAGAAGGACAGGCUGAACAAACAGUUGGCAAUCAGUGCACAGAAUUAGAGUACAAUGUAUUCUCACAAGACAGUUCUGCUCAAGUGGAACUCUAUGCUGAUGGUCCGUGCAUCAAUUUGGGAAUUUCAAGACAACUUAUUAAUAUUUCUUUUCUACCCUGCACAUGCUCUAUUGGGCUCAAGCCAAUUCAGUCAGAUAUUGAAUGCAAGUGUGACUGUGAUCCAGUCUUGCAACAAGAUUAUCUAAUAACACACUGUUCGGAGGAAAAUGGAACUAUGAAACUGGAAAGUAACAUAUGGAUAAAAGUCGCAAAUACCACCAACGGAAGUGGUUAUGUUGUUAGCAAUUGUACAUUUGACUAUUGUGUACAAAAACCAGUCAACAUCAAUCUAAGCAACCCUGACGAACAGUGUGCCUACAAUCGAAGUGGUGUCUUGUGUGGAGAAUGUAAACCAGGACUCAGUCUUGUGUUGGCUACGUCAAGAUGUGCACAAUGCUCUGAUGUUUACCUUCUUCUACUAAUUCCAUUUGCCCUGGCAGGUAUAUUGCUAGUUGCUUUAAUUCUCGUGCUCAACAUCACUAUAGCAACUGGAAAUAUUCAUGGCCUCAUUUUUUACGCCAACAUAGUAGCUGCUAAUAGAGCAAUUUUCUUUCCUAGUGUAAACAACUUUUUAACAGUUUUUGUAUCUUGGGUGAAUCUUGACCUGGGGAUCGAGAUAUGUUUUUACAAUGGAAUGAGCUCUCAAGGAAAAGCGCUCAUUCAACUUGUCUUCCCCACUUACCUAUUUGUUCUAAUGUUUCUUAUUAUACUUUUGAGCAAGUACUUUGACUCAUUUUCAAAGCUCCUCUCCAACAGGAACCCAGUUGCUACCCUAGGCACACUCGUCCUACUCUCUUAUUCUAAAUUCUUACGUUUCAUUGUUGCAGCACUACAAUUCACAGACUUGCAUUAUCCUGACGGUUCAACCAAAGUUGUUUGGUUGUUUGACGGCAAUGUGCAAUACUUCACUCCCAAUCACAUCCCUCAGCUUGUUGCUGCUAUCAUAAUCCUCAUUGCUGGUGGAUUGUUCACUGUAAUGCUCUUCUUUGGACAAUGGCUUCCACGCUGUUCCGAGGUUAUGAUAUGGACCAAGAACACAUACUACAAUGGUUUCAUGGACGCAUACCAUGCUCCAUUCACUCCCAAGCAUCGCUACUGGGUGGGACUGCUCCUCUUUGCUCUGAUCACUCAUAAUCUAGUAGCUGCCAUGGAUACAGAUACUUCUCUCCCUGUUCUAUCAGCUGGGUGUAUUGCAUUCGGACUGAUAUCAUUGAACAACCGAGUGUAUAAAAAGCGCCUUAAUGAAUAUCUAGAAGCAUUAUUUCUACUUAAUCUCGGCAUUCUAUCUAUUGGCACUUCCUAUGUUGUUGAAACACGACUACAGCAAGAAACACUGACCAUUGUUUCAAUGUCUAUAGCAUUCAUCCUUUUUGUGACAAUUAUCAGCUACCAUUUCCACCACUUCAUACUAAACAACACCAAAAUAUGGCUUAAGAUAAAGGAAGCCACAAAGAAUUUGAGAACUACUACAGAGAAAAAGAACCAACAACCUAAGAACGCCAUGGCAAUGCAUCAGUUCGCAGCCAAUGAUGACGAUGAACAACUUAAUAAUGCUGAGCAAACAGACAUUGUGAAUCUACCCCCUUACACAAAUGGAGCAGUGGAAGAAGCUGACCCUGAUCGCUACAUCACUCCUCCCAUCAUCAGACCAGCCACGAGGCCGGAACAGCUGAGACUCUCUUACAUGGAUGAGCUAGCCCCCCUCACUACAGAUGACUACAGACCAGCCCCUCCCCCUCAAAGAGUAAACCGUCGUCCUGUUGUUACGUACACAGAAAUCUCCGGGCCCUGUGCGCAAUGAAGUGUGAACUGAUUUUCUUAAUUGGUACAAUUUUACAUGUACAGCUUAAAACAAUGUUCGUUUUCACUAGUUAGCUGCAUGAAUAGUUAUUAGCUGUUGUUGGCAAUUUUAGUUUAAAGAGAGAUAGGCUUUCUGUAUUAACACU